CUGGUCGUUGAAAAAACGAGCUCAGUCGUGAAAGGUACUUGGGAAAAGCGUGUCCGUCUGUCCGCGUUAACAAAUACGAAACAAGUGAGUUAGUGUGGAAGAGGAAGAGGAAGAAGGAGAAUGACGAUAAUGCGUAGCGAAUAAAUGCAUUUCAAACAAUGCUAGCAAAACGAUUGACCGAUUGAGCACAUUUCGGCGACUGUAACAAAAUUGAAAACCCAUUAAAAGAGAGAGAAUCGAAAACUGCCUGUGAGCAACGCAAAUGGAAAAUCUGUAAAUGAGAAACUUAGAGUUGUUGUGUUAUUGUGUAGUUGUUGACGCCAACCGGUCUCGUGUUAAGCCCGACUUGGGUGCGUGCAGUCGCCAAUCGCAGCGCGAUUUGAGCUUUGUAGUGCUCAACGGUCAGCAACAUUCACUGUGAUUUGCACAUACAAACACACAAGCGUACAUAUUACAUAAGGUGAAGCGCCGUGCAUGAGGUGACGUCUGAUGAGCGUUGACUGUGUCACUGCGACUAAUGCUGAUCUGAAUCUGAGUGAGCAAGAUUUCUAAAUACUUCAAGCGGACACAAAUAAAUUGUUGCCAACUUCAUUCACAUCAGCAAAGCGUAGCCCGGCGGUGUGACAGCGCAUUAGUGGCACUGUGAAGGACGCAGGGAUACACACUCACACUAACACAACAUUAGUGACAAAUAGUCAGCGACUAGCAGUCAGUCCCUGGUAGUCGAUGUGUAAGCGCACGUUCCUCAGUGGCUGGCGCGGAGUCAAACUGCAACCCACAUGCAAGGCGCGGAAAAUGAAUAUAGGGAGUUUACGCAGCAUAUAGACACGCCUGUGAGUGCUUUGCUACCGCGAGCGGAAGCACGCCACAUGGAAGCAGCGCUCAUGUCAACGGCAACAGAGGCACAGUCAGUUUCAGUUGCAUCUCAGAAACAGCUGCAACCUCAACACUAUCAAGAAGAACCAGAAGCAAAGCCAAAAUCCCAGCCAAAGAAGUUGAAUGCAGCGAGUCCCUAUGUAAUAGAAAUCGCUGAUGAUGACAUGAAUGCAAAUUAUCCGCCCAAAGCACAUAAAGAUGGAACCACAGACAUGACUGCACCACAACCGGCGCGUCAGAAUCUCUGCACAUGUGUGCGCAGCGCAAGCAAUGCGGCAAUUGUGUUGCGCGUCCGCUCGAAUUUAGGCAACGCCAGCGAAGGUCCCUGCUCACUUUCCGCCCAAUGUCAGGCGUUGUCACCGUCAGCGACUCUGACUAGCACUGUUCCUGUUGCAACAGCGUGCGCUACAGUUAGACCGGAAACGUUGGCGACAAAUCAGAGCUCAUGCUGCACUGUCUGUUGCUCGCUGGUGGUGCUGGGUAUGGCGCGAGACGAUGAACAGGAGGGGAAAAAGCAUUUGGCAGACUAUCCGCACUGCUGGCCGCCGCCACUGUUCAUUACGCUGGUGUCGCUUCUGGAGAUUGGCGUCUUCGUAUACGAUUACAUGACAGUCAAAAUGUCUGUGACAGCGGUGCCGGUUACGAGGGCCACAGACGUUAGUGCGAACAAACCGUUCAUAGCGAGUGAGUCGUCGUUUAUCUAUCGGCCAGAUCGUCGUCUGGAGAUUUGGCGCUUCGUCUCUUACAUGCUGUUGCACGCGAACUGGUUCCACCUGAGCUUCAAUGUGGCCACGCAGUUGCUGUACGGAUUGCCCUUGGAGUGGGUGCACGGUUCGGCGCGCAUUGCCAUCAUCUAUUUGGCUGGCGUAUUUGCCGGAUCGCUGGGCACCAGUGUCGUCGACUCGGAUGUCUAUUUGGUGGGCGCCAGCGGAGGCGUCUAUGCGCUACUGGCCGCAUAUUUUGCGAAUAUUUUGCUGAAUUUCGGUCAAAUGCGCUACGGUAUGGGACAACUGGUGCGAGUCGUCGUAUUCGUUUCCUGGGAUCUCUGCUAUGCAGUCUACAAUAAGUAUUACAACAAUAAUAACAAUAAUAAUGCUACACAUGCAAUAGUCAAAACCACAGCAACAAUUUCGUAUAUCGCUCACCUGAGUGGCGCGUUGGCGGGCUUCACAAUGGGUCUGCUGUUGCUAAAGAAUUUCGACAGUCCUCACGCGUCAUCAUCGAAAACGCUGUGGUGGCUGGCGCUGAGCGUCUAUGCGGCUUUUAUGACAUUCGCGAUAGCGUUCAACCUCGUCAACACGGUCACUGCACAAAUGCUCGAGGCUGAGGGUGAGGUGGUUGAGCAGCGCUUACUUCAUAAUUUGGGCAUUACAUAAGCGCCCAUAACAACAUAGGCGAAAAUUAGUUAACAUCUAGCUUAAAAAUUAAUUUAUGGCUGAUUAAAUAGGUUAGAAAACAUUUUCAAUUGAAUAAAAAAUUGUGUUACUGCGAUUUUGGGUAUUUGAGUUUCUUGAGUUUCAGAAAUGGAAGUAUAAGGCAAAAUUAAUUUUAGAUUUCAAAAUAUCUUUAGUUAGAAAGUAGGUAAAUUCCAACUUUUUAAAAACUUUGUUCUAUGAAAAACCCUCUGUCACCUAUGACCAGAGUAAUUAAAAAGUCUCUUCUAAAAAAUUUCUCUUAAUAUAUUAUUUUACAAAUGCAGUGCUAGGUAACGCAUACCCGAAAUCUUAGUACUUUUUGUGAGUCUAAGCGGACCGACCGUGCGUUUUGUUAACUACCAGUUUCCGAACAGCAAAAAAAAAAACUAAAUUUUUCUCAAUUGUGGAAACGCGAAUUCAAUAUUUCUUUACGUAUACCCAUAAUCUUAAAGUUUUGAACACUUCGAGACAGCUUUUACAAAAAUGUAAAUACUUCGAUGGCGCAGACUGACUAAGAGACCAGAUUCAAAAUAUGCGCGAAAAAUAAAUAUCUAGCUCAGAAAAAAAUCUCCUGAAUAUGUUCUUCAACACAAGCAGCAUUUCUACGGUCAAAAAUAUGCUAAUUUCUGUUUGUGUUGUUUGAAGCUUUCAUUCACCUUUCACUUUUCUACUACCCCUGAUUACUACUACUGAUUACUACUACUCUAAUCGAAUAUAUAAUAUUAUAUGUACGUGCAUACGUAUGUAGGUAUGCUUGGCUGUAAGACCUGAAAUGAAUGAAAUACUUAGAUCCGAAUGCAUUGACAGCUUUUAAGCUCCUAGUACUUCAAUAUUAUUUUACGUGCUGUAAUUUCGCAGAGUCUUGCUUCGCAAUCGAAAUGAAUUCAUUUAAUUCUAAAACAAAAAUGUGAAGUAAACGAAUUUUCUGUGAUUGCUGCCAAAGACCGAAGUGAAUUCAAUAAAAAUGAGCAAUUUAAUUGAAAUGCAAAUACAAGUGAGUGUAAGUGAAGUAUUUAAUGUAAAACAUAAACACACAUACACACAUACACACAAAAGUAAUAAUCGGGUCUCAGCGGGAUAUUAUGUAAGAACUCCUAAAAGUAUUAAAUAACAUUUCUAUGUGGAAUGGAAUUAUUUAAUUUAGAUAUUUAUUGAGAUGUUCAAGAUGUGCAUGUUUGAAUAAUUAUAACCAUUUUAAAUUUAUAAGGGUUGAAAUAAACGAAUAUUAACA